AUGGCGCCCACCCAGACGGUGCAUCACCACCGCUCCACUACCAAAAAAGCCAACAAGUCCUACAAGACCCGUCAUGCCUCUAAGGGUGCCUUGAAGGAAUUAGAUAAAGGCAAAGUCGAGCGGGGCACGCGAAAGACCCCUCACCAACAACUCAUGUCGAAGCUCGAUCGGAGGAACCAAGCCCGUCAGAAGCAGCAGCUGAAGCACCAGGAGAAGGCUCAGGCCACCAGUAUCUUCUCCGGUCAACAUGGUGCCCCUCGCCAUGUCGCCGUUGUCCCUCUCUCCGUCGAUAUCGAUGUCGCAGCCAUCAUCCAGUCCUUGAACGAGAGCGUCGACGUCUCAACCGAGUUCUCUACCGAUGCGCCCUCUCGUGUCCGUGUCGACCGCUUCCGACAGACUCUGCAGUAUAUCCCCGCCAAGUACGACCUCAUGAACGCUUUGGACGUGUGUCGCAUGGCGGAUUUCGUUAUCUUGGCGGUCUCGGCGCACAAGGAGGUCGAGGAAGAGGGAGAGUUGCUGCUCAGAUCCAUUGAGGGUCAGGGAAUCUCGAAUGUGAUCUCGGUUGUCCAGGGCCUCGAUCAAAUCAACCCGCCGAAGAAACGCCCUCAGGUUGCCGCUUCACUGAAAUCCUUCAUGAACCAUUUCUUCCCCGCCGUCGAUAAAGUGCUCUCCGUCGACUCUAGACAGGAGUGCUCGAACGCCAUUCGAUCGUUGUGUACCGCGACCCCCAAGGGCAUCCGCUGGCGCGACGAGCGCAGCUGGAUGCUCGUUGAGAAUGUCACCUGGCCCGAGGCCAACUCGGAGGUUGUGGAUGAUGUGGUGCUGACGGGUGUCGUGCGCGGCAAGGGCCUGAAGGCGGACCGUCUGGUGCAUGUCCCCGGCUGGGGUGACUUCCAGGUCGACUCGAUCACUGCGGCGCCGUUGGCCACGGGCCGAGGAAAGCGCGACGAUGCCAUGAAUGUUGACGAGAAUGAUACUACACAGGUGCUGGACACUCCUACGGGUGACCGGGACGACCUGGAAAUUGUGGCGCCGGAGGAGAUCGAAAUGGAGGACGAUGAUAUGUCCAUGGCCGAGACCGAGCGCAAGGGUGUUCUCCUUGAUGACCACCACUACUUCUCCGAUGAUGAGUCUCACAUUCCCUCGAAACCAAAGAAGCUACCGAAGGGAACGUCCGAAUACCAGUCCGCGUGGUAUCUGGAUGACGUCGACUACUCUGGAUCCGACAUGGAGGACGACGAAGAGGAUGAGGCCAUGGAGAUGGACACCGCUGGUGCCCCUGAAGACGGCGUCUUCCCUGACAAGGAGGAUGCCAUGACUGAAGCUGGAGGUACUGAGUAUCCUCAAUCAGAGAUGUUCGUCGACCGGCCGGUGGAGGACGAAACGGAACAGCUGGAAGAAUACCGCGCGAGCCGCCGGAAGGAGGCCAGCGACGACCUCGAAUUUCCUGAUGAAAUUGAAUUGCACCCCAACGUGCUGGCCCGAGAGCGGUUGGCCCGAUUCCGAGGAUUGAAGAGCUUGAAGACGAGUCUCUGGGAGACGUCGGAAGAUCGCCCCCACGAGCCGGAGGACUGGCGCCGACUCCUCCAGAUCCAAGAUUACAAGGGUUCGAAGAACCGAACGAUGGCGGAGGCCCUGGUCGGCGGUGUCAACCCCGGUACCCGCGUGGAUGUUCACCUGCGCGCUGUUCCCGCCUCUCUCCGCAACAAGCCUCAGCCCUUAUCUCUCUUCUCGCUGCUGCGACACGAGCACAAGCACACAGUCGUCAAUGUCAACAUGAACCUGAACACCAGCGUCGAGGAACCCCUGAAGGCCAAGGAGGAGCUGAUCGUCCAGUGCGGACCUCGCCGUCUGGUCGUCAACCCCAUCUUCUCCUCCAACGACAACACCCCCAACAAUGUACACAAGUUCGAUCGCUACCUCCACCCGGGCCGCAGCGCCAUCGCCAGCUGGAUCGGCCCUCUCACCUGGGGCGCCGUGCCGGUCCUGGUCUUCAAGAACCAGACCGUCCAAGACCCGGAGGUCCUCGACGCCGACGACAACCAGCCCGACGUCACUCGCCUGGAGCUCAUCGGCUCCGGCACCGUCGUCGCCCCCGAUCAAUCCCGCGUCAUCGCGAAACGAGCCAUCCUUACCGGUCACCCCUUCAAGAUUCACAAGAAGGUCGUCACAGUGCGGUACAUGUUCUUCAACUCCGAGGAUAUCGCCUGGUUCAAGGCCCUGCAGCUUUGGACCAAGCGUGGCCGCAGCGGUUUCAUCAAGGAAGGCCUUGGUACCCACGGUUACUUCAAGGCUACCUUCGACGCCAAGAUCAACCCCCAGGAUACCAUCGGUAUCAGUCUGUACAAGCGGGUCUUCCCUCGGAAGGCUCGUGCCUUGGAGGAGGUCGUCAACUGA